AUGACUUAUGACCAAAGAGAGCUUGGAAUAGGAGCUGGGAUUUGGGUCUCAGGAAUAUCUUUAAUCGUCGCAAGCUAUAUAUGUCUUAGUAUGAUUUACGAAAAUCGUAAACAUAGAUAUUUUUAUGAAGCUCAGAAAAUGCUUGAUUUCAUUUAUUUUGCACCAAUUAUUAUAGGAUGGCCAACUUGGGUGAUUAUUUUAUUAGGAAAUGAAGGAGGAAUUUUUGAAUAUAUCGUAGAUAUAUACAAAGCCAUGAUAUUUUACUUCUUGAUCUCUUAUGUGUUAGCUAUGAUUGGACGAAUUUCUGAUGGGAAAGGAUAUGUGUAUAAUCAAGAAAAAAUGAUAAAUUCUUUUUUAAGCAUUGAAAGGACUGGGUUUUUCUUUUUAUUCUGUGGGAAAAUAAAGCUGAGGAAUAAAAAAUGAGUAAAAUCCUUUUUAUUUUAUGUGAGAUUAAUUUCGGUUUUAUACAUAGUAACCUAUAUCUGCAUUUUUAUAGCAAUCUUACUAUUACUUUAUGUUGAUGGUGAUAAUCUGCAUUAUGGAGAAAUAGACCCUAAUUAUGGCUAUUUUUGAAUAAAUAUAACCAUUAUUUGUGUAACAAUUUUGUCUUCUCACGCUUUGUAUACUUUUAUUCACACAAUCAAAAAAAUUCCUAAUUUGAAAGGAUUCAGAAUAAAAAGCAAAUUUUACAUCAUUGAGGUUUUUGCAAUGCUAAUACAAGUUCAACCAUUAAUUUUUAGUGCUUUUGCGGAAUGGAAUUGAAUUUCUGACAAUGAUAAAUACGAGACUGAUGAAAUUGCUAGCUUUACAUCAAAUUUUAUAUUGUGCAUAGAAAUGGUGAUUUUUGCUUUUAUGCUAAAAGUUCUAUUUCCCUAUACUGAUUAUAUUCCGUCGACUGAUUCGUCUAAUGAGCCAUUGAAAAUCUAA